ACUAACAAGACAAUGGCGGGUGGUCUCAGUGGUCGUCGUUUGGGAGAUGUACCAGUGUGUGUGGGAAAGGUUACCGUUUAAGAACAAGAAGUUGCAGUGACCCAGAACCAACAAAUGGCGGUUCUUUCUGCCCGGGUCCAGCUACUAACAAAUCGAAUGCUUUGAAAAGCCUUGUGGAGACAUGAUUGCUGUAUGGACUACUUGGUCAGGCUUUAGUCAGUGCUCGCGUACCUGUGGACAAGGAACCCAAACAAGAACUCGUCAAAUGAACUGCACAGGAAUAGUUUCUACAUCCAGUGUAUGUCUAGACAAACAGAUUGAGAGCAAGGACUGCAACAGCAUUCCCUGUGAUAAAAUUCCACUGAAUGGCGGCUGGAGUAGCUGGAAAGAAAUGGUGAAGUGCUCUAAAUCUUGCGGAGGAGGAAUGCGGAUUAGAUACAGAACCUGUAGCAACCCUAUUCCUGCCAAUGGUGGGCAAUUUUGUGUCGGCGCUUCAGUUAAAACGACUUUAUGUAACGAUCAACCGUGUCCAGCUAAAACAACACAAGGUUCCUUUGUAACCUUACCACGUAAUUUGUGGGUCACCUUAAAAAGGCAGCAUUCUACACGGAUAAGUUAACAUCUGGAUUUAUCAAAAAGAAGUGGAGCCCAACAGAAUACACAUUUCCGAAGUGGGAAGCUUUACAAUAGAACACAGAGAGAAAAUAAAACUUUUAAACUUAUUCAGCUCACGUGAGCUGAAAGCUUAAUUAGCUUUUCUGACAUUUGAUGUCCGGUGUCCGUGUGUCGUCUGUAAACUUUCAAAUUUUCGACUUCACUCUCUCAAGACUCAAUGGGUCAACCAUCUUUGACACAUAAUUUCUUUAGGCGAAUGAAAUAAAUUCUUUCUAUGUGAGCGAACCAUCGUUAUUCAAAUUCGUGUUCCUAAAGCGAGGGUUGGGC